CCCCCCCAUCGCGUUCACCUGAUGGUCCUGGAGGACUUUUCUUCUUCACAAGAGUUGUUGACGCACAGCCCACUAACCCCUGGAUGUUGACAGCACCCUUUCCAGACCCUCAUCUCGUUCAUAGUUCUCUCUCGCUCUCUCGUUUCUGAGUGAAAACUACAAAAAUAAGUGAGAAACACCGCGCCACUUGCGCACCGAACAUCUCUCUUUCCGUCUGCGUGAUCAAAAGCCACGGGGAAGGAAGAAAAAGGAAGCGAGAGAGACAGGGAGCGAGAGGCACAUAGUGUGACGGGAGGAGGAAACGUAUGUUUUGAUGUUUGGGAUCCAGGAGAACAUCCAGAGGAGCGGGAGUGUUAUGAAAGAAGAGCCCUUGUUGACCGGGAUGAACGCCGUGCGGAGCUGGAUGCAGGGCGCCGGGCUGCUGGACGCCAACACAGCCGCCCAGAGCGGAGUGGCUCUAGCCCGGGCACAUUUCGAGAAACAACCGCCCUCCAACCUUCGCAAAUCCAACUUCUUCCACUUCGUGCUGGCUCUGUACGACAGACAAGGGCAGCCGGUGGAGAUAGAGAGAACCAGCUUCGUUGGAUUUGUUGAAAAGGAAAAGGAAACGUCAGGGGAAAAGACCAACAAUGGGAUACAGUACAGGCUACUGCUCCUAUACAGCAAUG